UGCUACUAUAAGGUAUUGGAUGGAAGACGGACCGACUGUUAUCAAUAGCACGAUGGAGGUUGACAUGAAUGCAACGAUCCAAACGACUACGGUUGAUACUCCGGCCGAUAUUUUAAACUCAUCGGCUGAUAAACCAACGGCGCUUCUCGUGACCAAAAACUCCUCAAACUCGUCUCUCCUUUUAUCAGAUGAGACGUUGUACACCUUCCCUGAGCUGGUCUUCUGUGCCGUCGGGUUCUCCAUCCUGAUUGUCGUGUCACUCGUCGGUAACAUCCUGGUGCUGGUCGCAGUGGCCCGGACCAAGAAACUCCAGAACGUCACUAAUGUGUUUGUUGUCAACCUGAGUGUCUCUGAUUGCUUGUCCGGAGUGGCUUUCCUGUGGAGCAUACCGGGCAUGGUGAGCGCGACAUCGGGCUACCCGUUAGCGACAGACGUUCCCUGUAUCGCCUCGGCUGCUCUCGUGUUCAUCGCGGUGUCCUGCAGCCUGAACAGCCUCGCCUACAUCGCCCUGAAUCGUUGCAUCCUGAUCACCAGGCCAAAGGAGACUUACCAGUGGCUGUACACACCCAAGAAGACUGCCUUGAUGGUCUUGGUUGCAUGGCUUGUACCCUUUUGCGCCAUUGUGGUGCCCCCGCUGGUCGGAGUCGGCGAUCUCGGUUUCGAUCCUCAGAGCCGAACCUGUACCGACAUCGACACCCACCCGAGAGCUGCUACUUACGAUAAGGUUCAGUUUGGAGUCUUCUACCCGCUCCCGUUGAUCGCGAUCGUUGUGUCAUACAUCCUGAUCUGGCGAUACAUCAAGAAGCACUUCAAGAAGCGCCGGCAGAAGUUGAGCCGGUCUGCGCAGACGUCCACGGUCAUGCCUUCAGGACCACUUUCGUCCGUGUCCAUGUUGGACCUAGAUGACACCAUCCGAAGAGGCACUCACCGGUGUCAGCUUGGAUCGCUUCGACGCAACAAGACCGACCAGCUGGCGAUCACCAAGAACCUCUUCGUCGUAGUGUUCGCUUUCAUAGUGUGCUUCACUCCCCUCGCCGUCAUGGUGGUUAGUAAGAGCAACCGUUUCCAGCUGUAUGGAGGAUUGAUGCUUUUCCUGAGCGGCUGCAUUAACCCUCUCAUAUAUGCCGCCAAGCAUCCACAUUUCGGCCCAGUGUUAAGAGCCUUGGUGCGCUGUCGAUGUUCGUCAGAUGAGGUAUAG